AUGAUUCAUCGAGAAAAGUAUCACCAUCUUCGAAUUAGAUUAGCUUCACCUGAACAAAUACGUAGUUGGGCUGAAAGAGUUUUACCAAAUGGAGAAAUCGUAGGACAAGUCACAAAACCAUAUACUUUACAUUAUAAAACACAUAAACCUGAAAAAGAUGGAUUAUUUUGUGAACGUAUUUUUGGUCCAAUUAAAAGUGGAAUUUGUGCUUGUGGAAAGUAUCAAAUAAUUGAAAAAUAUUCAAAAUUUUGUGAACAAUGCGGCGUUGAAUUUGUUGAAUCUCGCGUUCGAAGAUAUCGAAUGGGAUAUAUUAAACUAGCAUGUCCAGUAACGCAUGUAUGGUAUUUAAAGCGUUUACCUAGUUAUAUUGCAAAUCUUUUAGCUAAACCUCUUAAAGAAUUAGAAAGUCUAGUAUAUUGCGAUCUUUUUCUUGCUAGACCUAUUUCAAAAAAACCAAUUUUAUUAAAAUUACGAGGUUUAUUUAAAUAUGAAGAUCAAUCUUGGAGAGAAAUUUUUCCUCGUUAUUUUUCUUCGCGUGGAUUUGAAGCAUUUCAAAAUAAAGAAAUUGCGACGGGUGGAGAUGCUAUUAAAAAACAAUUAAGUAAUUUAGAUCUUCAAGGAGUGCUAGAUUAUGCAUAUAUAGAAUGGAAAGAACUAGUAGAACAAAAAUCUACAGGAAAUGAAUGGGAAGAUCGAAAAAUUCAAAGAAGAAAAGAUCUUUUAGUUAGACGUAUAAAAUUAGCUAAGCAAUUUCUUCAAACAAAUAUAAAGCCAGAAUGGAUGGUUUUAUCAUUACUGCCAGUUCUUCCUCCUGAAUUACGACCUAUGAUUGAAUUAGGUGAAGGGGAAUUAAUUACUUCUGAUUUAAAUGAAUUAUAUAGAAGAGUUAUUUAUCGAAAUAAUACUCUUAUUGAUUUUUUAGCUAGAAGUGGUUCUACACCAGGUGGUUUAGUUGUUUGUCAAAUUAGGCUAGUACAAGAGGCUGUAGACGGUCUUAUUGAUAAUGGUAUUCGAGGUCAACCUAUGAAAGAUAGUCAUAAUAGACCUUAUAAAUCUUUUUCUGAUGUUAUAGAAGGAAAAGAAGGGCGUUUUCGUGAAAAUUUGUUAGGAAAACGAGUUGAUUAUUCAGGCCGUUCUGUUAUUGUAGUUGGCCCUUUUCUUUCAUUACAUCAAUGUGGAUUACCACGUGAAAUGGCAAUAGAACUAUUUCAAGCUUUUGUUAUUCGCGGUUUAAUUGGACGCCAUCUUGCUCCUAAUCUUAGAGCUGCUAAAAGUAUGAUCCAAAAUAAAGAGCCCAUUAUAUGGAAAAUUUUGCAGGAAAUUAUGCAAGGACACCCCGUCUUGUUAAAUCGAGCACCCACUUUACAUAGGUUAGGUAUACAAGCUUUUCAACCAAUUUUAAUAAAAGGUCGCGCUAUUCGAUUACAUCCUUUAGUUUGUGGAGGGUUUAAUGCAGAUUUUGAUGGAGAUCAAAUGGCUGUUCAUAUACCAUUAUCUUUAGAAGCGCAAGCCGAAGCACGCUUACUUAUGUUUUCUCAUACAAAUCUUUUGUCCCCUGCUACAGGAGAUCCUGUUUCUGUACCAAGUCAAGAUAUGCUUCUUGGACUAUACAUACUAACAAUUAAAAAUCAUCAAGGUAUCUAUGGUAAUAAAAACCAUCCUUAUAAGCAAAAUAAUAAUAAAAUAUUUUUAAAUAAAACUCCUUAUUUUUCUAGUUAUGAUGACGUAAUAAAAGCUUACAACCAAAAAAAAGUGAGAUUACAUAGUGCUUUAUGGCUUUGGUGGGGAAGUAAAUUACGAACAAUUACUUCAAUAAAUCGUGAAAAACCUAUUGAAGUUCAAUAUAAUUCUUCAGGUAUUUCUUUCAAAAUUUAUGAGCAUUAUCAAUUAAAAAAAAACAAAAACGAAAAAAAUUUUAGUGUUUACAUUUGCACAACCGUUGGCCGUAUUAUCUUUAAUCAACAAAUAGAAGAAGCUAUUCAAGGUACUUUAAAAGCUUCGCUAUUUCGAAAUCAAUCUUUACCAGCUAUAACUAUAUAA